AGUACUCAUAAUGCAUUAGCUUGCAGCUUAAAAUUGACAUCAUUUUGCAAAUAAGUAGUGUUGUACCUGUAACUCAACCAAAAUUUUAAAAAAUGGAUGUCUACUUGAAGUUAUAUUAAUUUAUAAAGUGAAUAUUUCUCAAUGAUGCCGGUACUGUACUUACCUGAUCUGAUGGACCCCAGUAUUUGAUAGUUUAAUGACCAUUCUAAAAUUCAUUUGACGGAUCGCCAAGAAAUAAAAGGUAUUCAAGAUUAGUUAUAUUUGAGAAAGCCAAUGAUUUAUCAGUGUGGAGCCAUGACAUCCCCACAAAUGAUGAACCCGCACUACUUAAAACUCGCCAAAAUGGCAGAAAUGAUGUCGUUUGCCACUGAAGCUGAUAUUAUCCAAAUUUUAGACAGCGGCUACAACAUGAACUAUACGGUGCCCCGCUCUACAAACAACCACAACCGUCACCAGGGUUACAACGUCUUGCACUUCGCUGUGGAAAAUUGCUCGAGCGCCAAUCAAAACUCAAUCAUGAACUUGCUGUUGAGCCGAGGUGCCGAUUUCACUCGGAAAAAUGCCCAAGGCUUCACUCCGCUGCGCUUGGCCUACGAACUUGGGAAGAAAAAUCCUUUCACCAAAGUACCAGACAACUCCAUGAUCAAGCUACUACUGUCCGCCCACUACGACCACUACAAUCGACGGAACCCGCGCUGCGACCACGGAAUCUCCCAUCUCCACAUCGCCUGCGAGGCCAACGACAUCGAGACGGUGCAGUUCUUCUUCGAAUCGGAUGACAUCUCGGAGGACGAAGCCAUCGGCAUUGACUCGAAAAUCUUUCCCGGGUGCACGUGUUUGCACUUGGCCGUGUUGAACGGCUACAAGCAAAUGUUCCUUCUGUUGGUCAACUACGACGCCGACCAAGCGUUGCUCAACGCUGAUGGGAAGAACCCGAUGCACAUCGCCAUCGAGAAGCAGAUUCAUUACGCCUCGUCGCGGUACGAGUCGUACAGCUGUCGCAUCGCCAACGAGGAGAUCAUCGACGAACUGCUGUCUCUGGACGACGACUUGCCCAAUCCCACGGACUACACUGGCUUGUCCCACUUUCACGUUUGGUGCGCCAGAACCUGCGAAUUGCGCACCGAAACUCUGGUUGAGUACCUAAACAACGGAGUAAACAUCAAUGCAGCUCUGCACCUGGACUCGCCGCUCUACCCGGGCUAUUCUGCACUUCAUUUUGCUGCGCACUGUAAUUUCACAACGGUGAAGUUUCUCCUGGAAAGAGGAGCCAACCUUCUGGCCGAGGACGCCCGAGGCACGACUCCGCUCAGUAUAUGCCUCGACAAGUACAACCCGUCGGAGAUUGGCCGUGUCCUGAAGACGCAGAUUCAAUUCGAACCCAUUCGGCUCGAAAGCGGCGUUGCGUUGAUUUCCCUUCUCUCGAAGCUCGACUCCAUCGAAACCUUCGACAAUUAUCUGAAAAGCUACGAAGUCAACACGCGCAUUCCACUCGAUUCGCCCUUGUGGCCUGGCUAUUCAUUAUUACACCUGGCCGUUGCGUUGCGAGCGACGUGCGGCAACUCCAGAAUUGAAGUUUGCCUGUGGCACGGGGUAGACUUGACCGCGCAAGACGUGAACAACAUGACGGCUCUCCACCUGGCUUUUCACUUGAAGAAAAAAGCCUUCGUCCACGAGAUUCUUUAUGCUUGCGCCAACACCGUUGUCAACCUUGAGGACAGGUAUGGUCUGUCCCACUUUCAUAUAGCUUGCGUGGCGGGCAAUAUCAAGAUUGUCAAGAAAUUUUUGUCCCACGGCGUGAACCCCAAUCAAGCGAUACAAGCAGAUGUUCAAAGUGUGUUCGCAAGUUUGUACCCCGAAAGCAAUUUUAGCAUUGAAAUUGGCUCUACGCCUCUUCACGUUGCGGUAGCCAUUGAAUCGGAUGAUUUGGUCAAGUUACUUUUGGAACACGGCGCCAAUCCUUGGAUUCCUAAUGCUCACGGGCUAACCGUCGUGCACCAAGCGUUUUUAAGCUGCAAGAGGUACAACUGGCUUGAGUCGUGUUUCACGCAACAUCCCGAUGUUCUUCAGAAUAAUCCGGUAGCCCCGGGUGGACUGUCUCACUUUCACGUGGCUUGUCACUUUGGAAAUGUCACAGCAGCCCAAGCUCUGCUGCCGCUCACGAGUAACAUCAGUCAACCAAUAACGGCUAAACUGAUGACGUACAUCAAGAAGCUGCCAAGUGACGUUCAUGUUGGAGAUACACCCCUGCAUUUGGCGACUAGGACCGCUUCGGUGGACGUAGUGGAAUUGCUCUUGAAAAACGGUGCGGAUGUAUGGGCUAAAAAUGCUGGUGGCCUGAAACCACUUCACGUAGCUCUUACAAGUUGCCGCCACGAGUUGCGAGUGAUUCGUUUGUUACUGGAAUUCGAGAAAAAAGAAAAAUGGUCGGAUGACACCGGUUUGACGGAACUGCACGUCGCGUGUGUUCUCAGAGACGAAUCUAUGAUUGAAAGAUUGUUGAUUGCUGGAGAUAAACCGAACAAUCGAAUAAACGUCGACUCUGCAGUGAUGCCGGGCUAUGCGCCCUUGUACGUAUUGAUAGAAAAUGGAUAUCCAGAAGACGAUAAUGCCAUCAAGUUAUUGCUCAAAUAUAUCCUCAGACAUUACGAAACCGCACUUACAGAUGAUCAUUUGUCGAAUGAUCCAACCAAACGCCAAAAGAUCUUGGCAUUGCAAAAAGAUGAACUUGCCGUCAAUCUAGAAGAGUUAACAGCUUUCCACAUUAGCUGUAUGACUGAUGAUGCUGAAAUCGUUGAAAAAUUCUUGAACUUGGGUAUUGACAUUAAUGAACCAAACGAUAAUUUUGCUCUUCGCGAUGCUGGUUUCUAUCCGCUGCACUUUGCCGUCAAAUAUAAACGUCAAAAUGUGAUAGAAAUGUUGCUAAAAUACGGAGCCUACGUUGAAUGUGAAAACAAAGAUGGCAAUACUGUGUUGCAUUUGGCUGCAUCAACGAGUCCUGAUUUAUUACAUCUGCUUUUGAGGCCAGAAACAAAGUUCGACUUGGCGGCUGUAAACAUAUUUAAAAAGAGUAUUCUCGAUUGUCUUAUCGAAAAUAAAAAUGUGAACAGUAAUCACAUGUUAGAAAUUUUUAAAUAUCAAUCUACUGUGAAAAACCUUACUGUGGUAUCUAGAAUGUAUAUCGUGGAAAGGCUUACAUUUAAUGUUUCUGAAAACAUUUUUCAGUCAUUAAUUAGUUCGGUACCAUAUUUAAGUACUGUGGAUGAAAAUGGUCUCAAUUUUAUCCAUUUCAUUGCCUUGGCAUUUAAAUUUCUAAAUGAAAAAAUUAAUUGGCAGAACGAAUUAGAAAGAAAGAUUGAAUUGCUUGAAGAUAUUGGAUGUAAUCUUGAUCAUCAAAACAACGAAGGUGAGAUUUUUUUAACUUUUUUAAUCAACAUCUCGAUAAAACUGAACUUUCGUUUACUACUACCCAACUUGAUGUCAUUUUAAUCUUACAAGCUAAAUUGUUAUGAAUUAUUCUCUGAAUCUAGCUCGAAACAAACAAUUUUUGUAUACAU